GCCGCAUUUCUCCGAGACACGGGUGCGAACGCGCCCAGCCAGCAGGCGACCGCCUGCGGGUCCACGCGGGGCGAGAAGCACAAGUGCAGCGCACGCGGGUCGGCGCACCACCGCGUCGAGACAUGCCAGACGCCGGCGGCGGUCAAGAUCAGGGAUCUCGCGCGGCAGCUGAAGGAGGCCCGUCGGGGAAAGAAGGCCGCGAAGCCAGUGCGGCGCAAGCCCAUGCGUUCCGCCCCCGCCAAGACCGGCUCGCAUGAGAUUAAGGCGACGAAGAUGUACACCAAGAACGCAAUGAAGGCCCGUAGGAAGACCGCCCGUGAGAAGAGCGCCUGGGGCGAGGGCGGCAGGCGCGAGGAGGUGGCGCCGCUGUUCGACGACAGGGCGUGCCUGUUGCGGCUGCAAGCGGCGGGCUGGGUGCAUUCAGUGCCUACCGCGUGUCCUGCGUGCGGCAGGAAGGGUUCGAUGGUGGGCCCCGCGCCCCGCCCCGGCAGGAACUCUGGCAUGCUCUACUACAGGUGCCACGGUGCAUGCGAGAGGUGCGGCGCGUGGCACAACGUGCUGAAGUUCUCCAAGCUGCCCCUGACGAAGAUGACCGUGGGCCAGACGCAUUCCGUCCUCCACGGCUUCUGCGACCUGACUAAGUCGCCUGCGCCAGCCGCCGACGACCUCGCGGCCGACGCUGGCGCUGGGCACAGGCAGACGGGCAAGCUCGUCGCGGCGGUCCGCGCUGCCAUAGCGGCUGCGUCGGUGAAGGAGUCUUCGCGCAUCCGCCUCGGCGGCGAUCUCGAGGCCGACGAGCACGGUUUGCGACUCGCGCACAUCAGCCCGAACAAUAGGAACUUCGCCCAGCCGGUCGUCAAGAAGAAGCCGCCAUAUUGGCUGCUAUACCUCCGCGUGAUCGGCAUGAGGCGCCGCGCUGGCGGGAAGAUGAUCGCGAAGUUUCUGGGGGACAAGCUGGUGCGCCCGAAGGGGGGGCCGCCGCCGCUCUCGGAGAAGGAGCUCAUCGACUGCAAGAUCCUCGAGCGCGCUGCGAAGGGCAGCGUCAUCUUCACAGACGGCGCGAAGGCGCACGGAACGAUCAUCAAGAAACACUUCAAGGGGAAGCUCUACAGCCGCCAGGUCGCUCACAACAGGAUGCAGUUCGUGAGGCGGGUCACGGCGCCGUCUGGGCACUCGAAGAUGGCGGGCGCCCAGUCGAUCGACGGCACGUGGAAGCAUCUGCAGACGCACAUCCCGCAGAGCCUCCACACGAAGAAGGGCCGCAAGAAGAAUCCGAUGAUUGAGACCUACGUCAACGAGUGGGUGUGGCGACACAACCACCGCGAGGGCAACGGCUUCAAGAUGGUGGGGGCUCUCUUCAAG